AUGUCUCUUCAGAAUCAUCCCAAAGCCUACGGCGGCGUUGCUCUGACGCUCUGCUUCGCCGCCGGCAUCCUCGUCACACUCGGCUUUAAAGACUUUUACCCGGACCUCGAGCGCCGGUAUCAGCGCCGUCGCACACGGCGGACGGCGCCCCGCAGCUCAUCGGACGAUCCCUCGAGGAGAAGCGGUCUCUUUUGGGGGGCGCCGGUGCAACUGGAAGACCACGAGUCCGCGUCCGAAACGGACAGCUCGGCGCUCGGCGCCUGGAACCCGCCCCUCAUCGCCGACGGCGUUGCGGGCGCCAUCGGAAACACACCACUCAUCAAGAUCCGCUCUCUCAGCGAGGCCACCGGACGCACCAUCCUCGCCAAGGCCGAGUUUCUCAACGCGGCGGGCAACACCCCCAAGGACCGCGUUGCGCUGUCCAUGAUCGAGGCGGGCGAGGCAUCUGGCUUGCUCGUCCCGGGACGCGGGGACACCAUCUACGAAGGCACCGUCGGCAGCACUGGAAUCUCACUCGCAACGCUCGCGCGCUCCAAGGGAUACCGCGCGCACAUCUGCAUGCCCAACGACAUGGCGAUGGAGAAGGUCGAUCUGCUCCGCCAUCUCGGUGCGACGGUCGAGCGCGUGCCGCCUGCGCCGAUCGCAUCGCCGGAGCACUUUGUCAACUUGGCCAGACGGCGCGCGGCGGAGCAUGCUGCCAAGGCGGGCGACGGCAGCGUGGGCUUCUUUGCGGACCAGUUUGAGAGCCCAGCUAACUUUGCGGCGCACUUUGCGACUACGGGACCCGAGAUCGUGUACCAGACCGGCGGCAAGCUUGACGCCUUCGUGGCCGGUGCGGGAACGGGCGGGACCAUUGCGGGCGUCGCCAAGUAUCUCAAGGAGGAGGCCAAGGUGCCGGGGGUGCAGGUCGUUCUGGCGGAUCCCCAGGGGAGCGGGCUGUACAACAAGAUCCGGCACGGCGUCAUGUACUCCAACACCGAGAAGGAGGGAACACGCCGGAGGCAGCAGGUCGACACGAUUGUGGAGGGAAUCGGCAUCAACCGAAUCACGGAGAACUUCGAGGCAGGACGGGAGUUGAUCGACGACGCGAUCAAGGUUACGGAUGAGCAGGCCUGUCGCAUGGCGAGGUGGUUGGUUGAGAAUGAUGGUAUCUUUGCGGGUAGCAGCAGCGCCGUGAACUGCGUUGCGGCAUGCGUUGCGGCAUCGAGAUUGCCUCAGGGAAGCCAGGUCGUAACUAUUCUCUGCGAUUCCGGCACCAGACAUCUGAGCAAGUUCUGGAAGCAUGUGGCGGAGAUGGGACUGGAGGAGGAUGAGCAAUCCGCCGACCUGUUUUCGGCGCUCAAGCUCGACCCUGCCAAGAGACAAGGAUAA